AUGACACCAUUGUCGUCUGUGUCCACUGCGAUUGUGAUGAUAGUAAUCCCGGCUGAUUUUAAUGUGUUUGCGACCGAUAAUGGAUCCAAUAAACCGGUUCCAUUCAAUGCAGUAGCAUAUACGAUUAUCACUUUGGAACGUCUCUAUACUCGAGUUGGAUCCCAAAGUGAUAAUCGUAUAUGCUUCUGCGUUCAAUGGAACUGGCUUGGUGGAUCCAUUUUUAGUCUCAAGCACUUUGAAAUCCAAUUGAUCAUUUCUCUCAAGUUACCACAAUUACAAGGUCUUGAAUCUAAAUUGAUCAUUUGA